CGAAAAAAUCGACACGCAAACACGUUUGUUGCCAAAGACGAAACCAAGAUAUCUUAGUCCAUGACAAACACGACACACAGAUAUCUAUAUUCCGUGACACGGUUUUGCAUUUUCCAGACAGGUUUGACGACAUGUUAUCGUUGAAGUACUUUUAACCAACGUGGUAUCACAAAACAUACGUGUUAUGUGGACAAUAAUAUGAUUCUUAUCAAUAACUCCAUUAUCACCAUACCAAUAAACACAAAUAAAUUUAAAAAUAUUUACGUCGACAACUAUUAUAAAAUCAUUAAAUAUAAAAAAAAAAUAAUGUAAUUUUUCAAUUAUGCAUUGCUACUUACGUAAUUACGAUUCUUAACCAAAUUGUAUGUAUUUGACAAUCACCUAACAAAAUUCUUCUUAAGGACUAUUUUAGCAUUGCUGAUGUAAGUAAAAACAUUUACUUACCUAAAUGAAAAAUAUAUUUACCAUAACUAGUUAUAAUUUAUUAGUUUUAAUAAUUAUUGUAAAUUGUAUACUUUAUUAAUAUAUUAUUAGAAUUAUUUAAUACUUAAUUAUUUUUUACUUUAGCUUUCAAUAUUUAAUAAUUCAAUAAUUUAAUUAUAUAGGUAUUAUUUUUUAUUACAAAAAAAUCAUUAAUAACCAUAUUAUUUAAUAUUAACAAUGUUUUACAACUCAUUUUGUUUUAGGUAUUUAUUUUACAGCAACAAACAUGACUCUUAGAUUUAGAAUUAUUCAACUCAAACGCAGUAGAUUUGCCAAAAUAAGUAUUGGCACAUUUAUUAUUUUAUUAUUACUAUUUGCUUUAUAUAUACGCUCAGAAAAUAUACAAAAUUCCCGGGAGUCAGCCUUUCCCAGACAUUCUAAGUUUUUAAAUUCAGUAAGUACCUAUGUAGUUAAUUUUUUUCUACUUAUUUACUUUAACUCAUAUUUUAAAAUUUACAUGACUUUUAGAUACCAAUUUAUCAUGAUAAAAUUCUUGGUAAUUUCGAAUACUUCCCUCCUAUUAAUAAACCUGGGCCAGGUGAAAAUGGUCAACCUCAUCAUGUACCAAGUGAUAGAGAAAAUGAAGCAUUACAAUCUUUAUCAGAGUAUGGCAUGAAUAUGGCUUGCUCAGACGAUAUAUCACUCAAUAGAUCAAUUCCAGAUCUCCGCAUGGAAGAGUAAUGUUAAACUAUAAUUAAUUUAAAUAAUAGAAAUAAAUAAUGAUAUUAUAAAUAUAUAUUUUUAUAUAAAUAUUAUCAAUAUACUUCUAAAUCAAUUUACUAGUUUUUUUUUUUUAUUAGUUUUAUUAGUACUUUUAUUUCUUCUAGAUGUAAAUAUUGGACAUAUCCUGAAGUAUUGCCACGAACUAGUGUCAUAAUAGUAUUUCAUAAUGAAGGAUGGUCAUCUUUAUUAAGAACUGUACACAGCAUACUUAAUAGAACUCCACCUCAAUUUUUAGAAGAAAUUUUAUUAGUUGAUGACUUUAGUAAUAAAGGUGAUUUAUAAAAUAGGUAAUCUUAAAAGUAAAAUUUAAACUUAAUUAUUUAAAAAUGUAAAUGUUUUCAGAAAAUUUAAAAACAAAAUUAGAAUAUUAUAUUGAAAAAUUUAAUGGUAAAGUGAAGCUUAUAAGAAAUACUGAACGAGAAGGACUGAUUAGAACACGGUCGAAGGGCGCUUUCAAUGCUGUAGGAGAAAUAAUAUUAUUUUUGGAUGCACAUUGUGAAGUUGGAUACAAUUGGUUACCACCUUUAAUUGCUCCUAUUGCACGAGACAGGUAUUACAUAUUUUUUUUUUUAUAAUGUAUAUGUUCAAAUAUUUAAUUUUAUCUGGUUAAAUAUAAGUCACUAUGAUCAAAAGGUAAUUUAAGUAAUUAUAUUUUGCAAGAAUAAAGCACAUAGCUUAAUACAAAUUCUAAAAUUAAUAGAUUUUUUUCACCUUUCACUUUAAACUCAUUGGAAUAUAAUAUAGAAUCUAAUGUAAUUAAUCUUUAAAUUUGAAUGCUAAAACAAAUUUAAUAAAAUUAUAUGGACACCUGUUUAUUAUCUAUUCUGAUUACACAAAGAAAUGAGCUUCUAACUCUAUAAAUAUAUAUUUUCUUAAAAGUGAGUAUCUGCAGCUUUUGAAAUUAUUUUUUUGAAAGUUAUCAUGUAAACAUAAUAAUACACAGCUAAACUUUCAAUUUUUAAUAAUUACAACUUUUUUUGUCAAAAGAAAAAUUAUGACUGUACCAGUGAUUGAUGGUAUUGAUCAUAAUACUUGGGAGUUUCGUCCAGUUUAUGGAAAAGAUGAUUCCUUCCGUGGUAUAUUUGAAUGGGGCAUGUUGUAUAAAGAGAUUGAAUUGCCUGCUCAAGAAGAAAAAAAACGAACUUACAAAAGUGAACCUUACAAGUAACAUUUUUAUUGCAUUACAUUAUAUAUAUAUAUACCUACGUAAUUGUAAAUUUAAUAUUUGUGUGUUAUAAAAAUUGUCUAGAUCACCAACACAUGCAGGUGGUCUUUUCGCGAUGGAUAGAAGUUAUUUUCUAGAACUUGGUGCAUAUGAUCCUGGCCUACUUGUUUGGGGAGGAGAAAAUUUUGAAUUAUCAUUUAAAGUAAUAUUGAGAAUACAAUUUAUUAAAAAAUUUAAUUUUUAAAUAUUUUUUUAUCAUUUGUUGAUUAUUAUUAUUAUAUAAUAUAAAUAUUGUUAUCAAUGUAUAAUACUUAUUAUGAUUUUAUUUAUGGAAUUGUUCAUGAAUUAGAUUUGGCAGUGUGGUGGUAGUAUUGAAUGGGUACCUUGUUCCCGUGUAGGACAUGUUUACCGUGGAUUUAUGCCUUAUAAUUUUGGAGAACUUGGCAAAAAAGUCAAAGGGCCUUUAAUAACAUAUGUAUGAAUUUAAUCUAUCUUAAUAUUAUUUCAAGUAUACUUUUUCAAAUAUAUUAUAUUUUAUGUUAUAGAAUUACAAACGUGUAAUUGAAACAUGGUUUGAUGAUAAACAUAAGGAAUUUUUUUAUACUCGUGAACCAUUAGCUCGUUACUUAGAUAUGGGUGAUAUAACUAAACAGUUAGAGUUGAAGGAUAAACUACAAUGUAAAGAUUUUUCAUGGUUUAUGGAAAAUGUUGCAUACGACGUGUAUACAAAAUUUCCUGAACUUCCUCCAAAUUUACAUUGGGGAGAAGUAAGGCAUUUAUUUUUAAAGUUAUGUAAAACAUUUAAUGUUUGUACAUCUUUCAUAUUUAGUUACGCAAUAUUGGUAAAUCAACUUGCUUAGAUACAAGAGGUCGACAACCACCAUCAUUAGUUGGUUUAGAAUUAUGUCAUGGACAAGGAAAUAAUCAGGUGAGAAAUAAUGAUAAUAGUAUAAUAAUUUUUAGCUAUUACUAACUAUUACCUAACUAGAUAUUAUAAUUAAAUAUUGAAAUUAUACAGUUCACCAUUAAAACAAUAAAUGAGACCAAUGUCUAUUAAAAAAAAUCCUAACACUGUAAAAUGAAUUAUUAACCUUUGGUAUUAUAAAAAUUAUUAUUUUAAUUUUACAUUUUUUACAGCUUUUUAGGUUAAACACAAAAGGACAACUUGCUGUUGGUGAACGAUGUAUUGCAGCAGAUCGACAAAAUGUAAAAUUAGUUGCAUGUCCAUUAGGAACUGUUGAUGGCCCAUGGCAAUAUGAAUCAGUAAGUAUGAUUUAUAAUAUAUAAACCAUUGUAUACAUAAUUACUAAAUACAAAUACAGUGAAACUUCUAAAUAGCGUAUACUCUUGAUCAUCAAAAUUGUGUCCACUAUUUAGAGAAGACAAAUGUUGUGAAUUCAUAGAGAGUAAAUGUGUAAUAUUGGAACAUUUUUGCAAGGUUAUAUUAAACUACAACAUAAUAAUUAAAUAUAACUAUUAAUUAUGUAGAUUUAAUUGUACUUAAAUAAAUUGGUAAUCAUUUAAUGCACAUAAGUACAUAUAAAACAAAAAGAAAUUGAUGAAAUGCAUUCGUAAAUAUUCAAUUCAGUAAGAAAAAAAACUGUCCCCAGCUUUGUAAAUUUCAUCUUUAUAUAACACAAUAUCCGCAGUUUUUUCAACUUGAAACUUUUCUACAAUUACCUACAUGAAAUAUAAGUAUUUCAUUGUUUCGACGAAUAUCAAGAAUUCUUCAUUCAUUAAAUGACAAUCACUUUUGAUUUAACACUCAUUUGAAGAAUAAAAGAAAUGUGUGUAACUAAAUUACAAACAAAUUAAAGAAUAUAAAAAAAAUUUGAGCUUUAAUUCAUUAAUUAUCUGGGUAUUUAUUUAGAUUUUUUUAUAUCAUAUUUUGUUUAUGCUAAUUUUAAAAUUAUUACAUUUUAUUAUUUUACAGACUAACAAAUUGUUAUUGCACACAAUAACAAGCAAAUGUCUAAGUGUUCAUCCGUCAUCAAAUCAAUUAAUUUUGACACCAUGCGAUGGUAAUAAUGCUAAUCAACAAUGGGCAUUCAAAACAAUUAUGCCUAAAUGGACAAAAUAAAUUAUCAAGAACAAUAUUGUAUUACUACUUAAAUUAAAAUUCUAUAUAUUUUUUAUAUUAAAAGUAACAAUUUUUCACCAUAUCUUAUUAUUAUGAACAAUUAUUAGCAUAUUUAUUUAUAAGAUAUGAAAUUGAACAAAAAUAUUGUUUUACUAAUGAACAAAUAUUUCAGUAUUUAUUGUAAAUGCAUUGUUUUAAAAUUGUUAUUUUCAACUUUCAAAUUAUAUCUGUAAUAGUUUUAUGUUUACAUACUUAUAUUAAAAACUACUUUUUUUUAUAGAAUAAUAUUU